AUGCGGUGUUGCUCUGCAUUGUAUGUAGUUUUCUUUUACAUUGAAGUCAUCGACGGAAUUAGAUGUUACUCCGGUUUGAAGUAUAUUGUCGGGCAGGACGAAUACCAAGACUCAGAUAACCUGAAUAGGAGUCUGGUUUUAGAGGAAUGCAAUGUGUUUCUCGGAUUGGGCGAGUCGUAUUGCUACACAUUUCGUGAACACAUGAGUCUCAACGAUAUUGUGAAGUUGGGCUGCUCGAGCAUGUUCUGCAAUGCACUUCGGAACACCUGCAUGAACACCGACUUCGCCGGAAUGACGGGGACGUUGUGCUGCUGCAACGAUCGCCACUACUGCAAUUCGUCCAGUAGGGAAACUCGUCUCGUCCCAUUGGUGAUUCCUCUGCUUCUACUUCACGCCGUAUAUGUUCAAAUCAUAGAUAGCUGA